AUGGUGCACAGCGCCUACGAUUCAUUCCAAUUGGUCAACAAUUCCCCUACCAAAAUCGACGCCAUCGAAUCGUAUGGCGCCACGCUGCUCCUGUCCUGCUCUGACGGCUCGUUGAAGAUCUACGCCCCGGAAUCCUCCGCCGGCGAGAUCCGAUCUCCAAGGUUGGAUUUUCAUUUACAAGCGUCGGAGCUGAAGAAGGAGCCGUACGUUCUUGAAAGGACGAUAAAUGGAUUUUCUAAGAAACCGAUGCUCGCAAUGGAGGUGCUUAAGUCGAGGGAGCUACUGCUCUCGCUAUCGGAAUCAAUCGCGUUUCAUCGGUUUCCGAAUUUGGAGAUGUUGGCGGUGAUUACAAAGGCCAAAGGUGCGAAUGCAUACUCGUGGGACGAGAGGCGGGGGUUUCUGUGCUUUGCGCGGCAGAAGAGGGUUUGUAUCUUCAGACACGACGGGGGACGGGGUUUUGUUGAGGUGAAAGAAUUUGGUGUUCCAGACACAGUUAAGUCAAUGUCAUGGUGUGGAGAGAAUAUAUGUGUGGGAUUCCGAAGAGAGUAUAUGAUAUUGAAUGCUACAAACGGUGCCUUGUCUGAGGUGUUUCCUUCAGGUAGGAUUGCCCCGCCUCUGGUGGUGUCUCUUACAUCUGGAGAACUUCUUUUGGGGAAGGAUAAUAUUGGUGUGUUUGUUGACCAAAAUGGAAAGCUUCUCCAGGAAGGCAGGAUUUGUUGGUCAGAGGCUCCUGCAGCCGUUAUCAUUGAGAAGCCAUAUGCUGUAGGUCUCUUACCAAGACACAUUGAGAUACUGUCCCUUCGAUCUCCUUAUCCAUUGAUACAAACGGUUGUUCUCCGAAAUGUUCGCUGUCUCCUUCAAAGCAACCAUGUUAUUAUUGUAGCGGUAGACAAUUCUGUUUAUGGCUUGUUUCCUGUUCCUCUUGGUGCACAGAUUGUACAACUAACAGCAUCAGGCGAUUUUGAGGAAGCACUGGCUUUGUGCAAACUACUUCCGCGAGAAGAUUCAAGCCUUAGAGCCUCAAAGGAGCAGUCAAUUCAUAUAAGAUAUGCUCACUAUUUGUUUGAAAACGGAAACUACGAGGAGGCCAUGGAACACUUUGUAGCAUCUCAAGUGGAAAUCACUUAUGUUCUCUCAUUUUAUCCAUCCAUCAUACUACCAAAGUCAUCUGUAAUGCCUGAUCCGGAGAAGUACCCGGAUAUCACUGGGGAGAUUCCAGAUCUUUCAAGAGGUUCCUCUGGCAUGUCAGAUGAUAUGGAAUCUUCACCUCCACUGCAUGUAUUGGACUCUGAGGAGAGUGCAGAUCUUGAAUCGAAGAAAAUGAGCCACAACACUCUCAUGGCUCUCAUUAAAUUUUUGCAGAAGAAGAGAUACAGCAUUAUUGAAAAAGCCACUGCUGAGGGAACUGAGGAGGCUGUUUCUGAUGCUGUUGGAAAUGAUUUUGUAGCUUAUGGAACUAGUCGCUCAAAGAAAGCAGGGAAGGGACGAUCAAACGUUCCAAUCAGUUCAGUUGCUAGGGAUAUGGCAGCCACACUGGACACUGCAUUGCUUCAGGGUUUGGUUUUAACUGGACAAUGUUCAGCUGCAUUGGAACUGCUGAAGGGUAUCAGCUACUGUGAUGUAAAAAUAUGCGAGGAGUUUCUGCAAAAAAGGAAUCAGUAUGUGUGUCUGCUAGAACUUUACAAAUGCAAUACAAUGCAUCGCGAAGCUCUCAAACUUCUCCAUAAACUAAUUGAGGACUCAAAUUCAGACCAUCCACCACCAGAGCUCACCCAGAAGUUCAAGCCCGAGAUGAUUAUUGAAUAUCUCAAACCUCUCUGUGGGACAGACCCCAUUCUUGUGCUAGAGUUCUCCAUGCUUGUUCUUGAAAGCUGUCCAACCCAAACCAUUGAGCUAUUUUUAUCGGGGAAGAUUCCAGCGGACUUGGUCAACUCUUAUUUAAAACAGAAUGCCCCGAAUAUGCAGGCUACAUAUUUGGAACUUAUGCUUGCAAUGAAUGAAAAUAGCAUUUCAGGCCAUCUGCAGAAUGAAAUGGUUCAAAUCUAUCUCUCAGAAGUGCUUGACUGGUAUUCAGAUCUUAGUUCUCAGCAAAAAUGGGAUGAAAAAACAUAUUCUCCUACAAGGAAGAAACUCUUGUCUGCUUUGGAUAGUAUCUCUGGGUAUAACCCAGAGGUAUUGUUGAAGCGUCUUCCCCCAGAUGCUCUGUAUGAAGAGCGUGCAAUUCUUUUGGGAAAAAUAAAUCAACAUGAGCUUGCUCUGUCCAUAUACGUUCAUAAGCUUCAUGUUCCUGAACUGGCACUGUCCUAUUGUGAUCGGAUAUAUGAGUCUGGACUCCAACAUUCAGCAAAAUCUAGUGGCAUAUACCUAACUCUACUGCAAAUAUAUUUGAAUCCUAGGAAGACAACCAAAAACCUCGAAAAAAGAAUCACUAAUUUGACAUCUGCUCAGAGCCCUGGAAUCCCAAAGCUUGGUACAGCGCCUGGUAAAAAUAAAGGCCGUUUGUCCAAGAAGAUUGCAGAAAUUGAAGGAGCUGAGGACAAUCGAACCAGUGCAAGUGGUACUGACAGUGGGAGGAGUGAUGGGGAUGGUGAUGUGGAUGGUGAUGGUGAUGGGGAUGAUGUCAGCGAGGAAGCAACUUCUAACAUUAUGCUUGAUAAGGUCCUUGAUUUGUUGAGCAAAAGAUGGGAUCGAAUAAAUGGAGCACAGGCCUUAAGGCUUCUUCCUAGGGAUACUAAGCUGAAGAACUUGCUUCCUUUCCUUGGACCACUUUUGAGGAAAUCCAGUGAAGCAUACCGGAACUUUUCAGUGAUAAAGAGCUUGAGAGAGAGUGAAAACCUACAGGUAAAAGACGAACUCUAUAAACAAAGGAAGAACAUUGUGAAGAUCACCAGCGAUAGCAUGUGCUCUCUUUGCAACAAAAAGAUAGGUACUAGCGUCUUCGCAGUUUAUCCCAAUGGCAAGACGAUUGUGCACUUUGUAUGCUUUAAAGAUUCACAAAAUAUGAAAGCUGUUGUAAAAGGGUCCUCGUUGCAGAAGAGAUGA